AUGCCGCCAACACAGAUGGCUAGAAAGGCAUGCGACGUCUGCUACCGCAAGCGGAUUCGGUGCGACGGCCAAAAGCCUCGAUGUUCUCACUGCAUUCUGUACAAAUCUGACUGCACAUUUCAAGCUACCAGCCGAAAAGCCGCAAAUAGAAAGCGACCUGAUGGCACCGCCGCAGCUUUGCAGUCUCAGGUGCAAUCGCUUGAGACGAGUCUUGAUGAAGCUCAGCAAAGAAUAAAGGAGCUUGAAGAAAGAUUGACACAGAAAAGCAGUAGGCAAAGUGAUCAGCCCCAGCUGGGUGAAUAUGACGUCAGCUACUCUGGAGGGGGUUCUCUUGAGUUGGGCCUCGAGUUGCCUCCUCAGCACGAGGUCUUAUCCGGAGUCAACAAGUUCCUUGCGACCUUCAACGCUAUCCUACCCCUCUUUCAUCCACAGAGACUUCUAUCUCGGGUCAAUGCAUGGUACGAGCAACCCGAUCAGAGAGAUACCUCGACUUGGGCGGCCAUCAACGUGGUUCUCUCCCUCGCCUAUCGCCAUAUCCCAGAUGAGGAGAAGCCAACUAAUUACAGUACCUUGCACUUCAUGAACAAAGCUCAAUCAGUUCUUAAUGACAUAAUGCUGGGUGAUUCAAGUCUCCUAGACGUCCAAACAAUUGUCGGAAUGGUCGUGUUGUUACAGGCGACAUCUGACUUGAAACCAGCUUCGGCUCUGAUACCCAUUGCUUUGCGUCUUGCUCAUGGACUGGGACUACAUACUAGAUCGAGCUCAGAGCAUCUAAGUGCUUCCGAAGCCCUGGAGCGAGAUCGAGUCUUCUGGAUUGCUUACAUCCUCGAUCGAGACAUAUCGAUGCGCACAAAGCUACCUCCUAUUCAGAAUCAAAAAGACAUCAGCAUUGAUUGGCCAUCGGCUACACCUACUGACGGAGCUGGUAUGCUAUACACGGCUAAUAUUUUAUCCAGCUUCAACUUCUUUUCAUCACGUGUGCAGCUUGCGCAUAUCCAAGGCCAAGUCUAUGAAGCAAUGCUAUCCAAAUCUCCCACCGCAUCAGACGUCUACGUCCGUCUUGAUAAUGUGACUCGAAUACACCAGAUGCUAGAUGAUUGGCUUGCCCGUAUACCUUUGGAGUUUUCUUCCAGUGCCAUUACUCAAAGUGGGAACGCGAAUCUACAGAGGGCCUUUGGUGUUUUGUACUCAAGCCAUCUUACUUGUCGAAGUGUCGUCUGCAAGGCUCAUGCCAUGGAAGCGCAGUGGAUACCAAGUCUCCAAGAUUUUGGAAGAAAGGCAAUUGAGCAAGGGGUAGUUGCAGCUCCACGGUUACCAGUGGGUUGGCAUAAGCUUGUUCACGAGUCUCGCGAGUACAUCGAAUUGUUCGUAGCGAUUGAUCGAAAAGAUCCUGCAUUCAUCUGGUAA